AUGCAUUUCAUACAGACGAUCCUAACUCUGAGGAUGAUAUUCCAAUGCAUGGGAGCCAGAAGUGUUUUUCUUCUCAAUACUUUUGAGAAAGUACCCAAACUACCCGUUGAUGCGAAGUCCUUCGAUUUCAAGAUGAACAAGGUGAUGAUAGUAUUUGUGAUGAAAGAAAACUGAUGGGCCUAAUGUUCAUUACUAGUGCUUUCCAUUACUUAUUACGGCCGUUCAAUUAAGGAAGAUGUUUCAGAGUAAACGUUUUAAUCAUAAAAAUAGACGAGGGAUGAGAUAUAAUUUCGAAUGUGGUCUUUACUAUCGUAUCAGUUCCGUGCUUGAGUUAGUUAUCAUAUUGAUAACUGGAAAACAUAAUGUGUAGUCGUUAUUCACGAGGCUAAAAUAUAUUUAAAAGUAUGUCGACACUGUGUGGAAAACGUUUGGUUUUGACUUUUUAAAUGUAUUUUUUUAGCUUCGUUAAUAACUCAUUUUUAAACCUAAGCGAACUUUACAAACAUUUACAAGACAUUCACAAGACUCUGGCUGUUGGGAAUAACUUUCAGUGGGUUUUCUAAAAAUAAUUUGUCUGUAAAAUUUCGACGGAGAAAUUAACUUUUUUAAGCUGUAUGAAAAUCGCAUUUGGUAAAGGUGGGGCAAUUGCGGAAUUGACUGAUUUUUUCCCAACAUGGUUCCUAUUUCUACAGAACAUCUCUUCUUGAAAGCAUCGGUCAGUUCUAACCCAUCAGUAAGCACCUCCUCAAGGAACACCGUCCUAGUCUCUUUACCCUCACGUAAGCUAGCAUAAUGGUGCUGAAAUAACCUCACAGUCGAAGAUUCCGCGCUCUGUCAGACCCGACGUUCGUAUCCUUCAAUUCAUUGGUUUAUACUUCCUUACAUUCUGUGUUUAUUCUCAGCUCGAGAAACUUUUUUACCAAUAAUUGAUUGAUACAUCAUCUCACCCCGUUUCUCCGUUUUUCUCUAUCCUUUCUCUGUCCUUAAUUCUCGUAUCUCUUAUUCUCUACAGACAGCUGUACCGGUAAAUCGCACAACGUACAUGUAUCGGGUGUUUGAGUUUCCGGACCUCUCAGGAAGACAUGACAUCGUUUAGGUAAGAAUGUGUUCUAAAUUCACUUCUUCUUUUUAGAAUUUGCUUCGCAAUCAACCAAAGAAGACAAAGCGAAUGGAAAUGAAAUUAGUGAUAUGGCCUAAAAUGGCCACGAUGGUACAUUUGCAUCAUGGUCAUCGAUGAAGAAAAAUGUUAUUUCUUUUGCCCCGAACAAGGACAAAAAAAGAUCUCAGUCCCCUGCAACGAAUUUCAGACCUUUGGACUUCGUCUUCCGAUGCACACACAAAUUUACUGAACUGCAGAGGACUGGAAGUCCAAAUUCCCUAUUUUUUCUCACACUGUUUACACACACAACACUUCCGAAGUCGCUGAUCUUAGCAAUACGCAGGACGCUUGUUUCACAGGAACUUGAAAAAUAGCCUAGCUCACAUCGGGAGGGUGAUUUUAUCCAAUAACAAUAACUGAGCAAACUCCGUGGCUCCAAGAAUGUACAGUUGCACCUAACGUUGUCUACAUCUUCCCAUUAUUUCGUUUAAAAAUUAAGUUUCGGUGAAAUCUCUACGAUGUUUCAGAUCGAUCGCAUUGUUCAAGCAGGAAACGAGGGGGUUGUACAUCACAUGAUACUGUACGAGUGCGGAGAUAAUUUUCCGCAGAUUCACGUCGACUUUGAGGGAAAAAUCAAUUCUCCAGACAAGCCUCCCCCAGUGCUACAAUGUAUUGGAAUCUCGAUAAUGACAGCCUGGGCGAUUGGAGGUCAGGUGGGUAUGUUAGCAAAUGUUGUAAUGAUACCUUUGCGACCCUUUCUUUGUGGUAUAAUAUGUCUGUGGAAAAAUAAAGUCUAAAUUUGGAUUACCUACUUCAGGGCAAUCAAUUGUAGGGACGAGCGAAAAAGCCGUAUGAGUGAGAGAAAAAACGAAGGGGACACAAAUGUAUGUCUUCCUCUACACUCCGAGAGUUCCUGUUAAAAAUUCAUUCAUGAAAAAAGAGGCUAGAGACCAAACUCCAUAGAAAAUAUGUAUUAAACUUGUUAAAGGAACCACAACAUUUGGCUAAAAUAAAAAUUUCAAAACUUCGUAAAAUUACAAACAAAGGGGUAACAAAUUUGCGCGAACGAAAGCCGAAAAAAAAAAUCAACUGAACUCCGUGACAACAAACAACAAAACUAGCCGUUUCAACCUUCCUCAUCCUUAAACAUCCUGGAUUAUUUCUGUUUAUGGUUUGAUCUUCUGUGUUUCUCUAUCACGUUGACCUAAUGUUAUUUUUUGUUUCCUUAAGUUAGCUUGUUUGAGGCAUUCAGUUUAUGAGGACGAGGGGAAAAAUGUGGCGAGAGCAGAGAAAAGCCCUGCUAUAUUUCUUUAGCCAGCUCCUUUGUUCGUCUCCACCAACCCAGAACAUGGCUCCGCGUACCUUCAUACCAAAGGCAGCCUUGCACGGCGCAAAAUUUUAAAUAUUGUAAUGACACUCUUUAACUGAUCUAUUACGUUUCAUUUCUUACUAUCAGUCAUUUUAUUAUCCCGAACAUGUGGGACUCUCCUUCGAAGGUCAUCCGAAAUUUGCAGUCAUGGAAAUGCAUUACGAUAAUCCUGAAAAUAAAGCAGGUAACAUGUUAAUAGAAACCAAACGAUAGUAGUGUUUUUCUUCAUGGUUGGUUUCUGUUACUAUUCCUGAUCAAUGCAGCUAACUUAUUCCCAUGAUCUUUUCGUUUCAGGCAUUAUAGACAGCUCUGGUCUACGAUUUCAUUACACAAGUCAACUCAGACAGUACCAAGCUGGUAUUUUGUCUGUUGGGUGGGUUGUAGACCCAUUGAUGAUAAUACCACCCAAUCAGGCAAACUGGACGACAGAGGGUUAUUGCAUUAAAGAAUGCACAGAAGAGGUGAAUUAAAGUACCCUUUUCUCAUUAAAUUUUUCAUCGGCGAGCAUGUCAUGAUUAGUGCAUUUGAAGGAAAUUUGAAGCUUUCUAAGUAACUCAGGUAGCCGUUACCUUUACUCUACCAGCAGUUGGUGCCGACCAGUCCCAUUUCUGUUCUGAGUUGGCGAAUUUCUUUGCCAUCCGUAGAUUGUUGACAGAUGGCAAAAAAUGAACACACGAAGACCACUAAAGUUUCAUUUCGGGUUCCUCCUAAGUCUCAAGACACCAAAAAAAACAUGCUCAAUCCAGCAGAGUUCCGAAAGGAGCCGAUGAGAACCCAGAUUAGGAACAUUUGACUGGCGUAAAAACACUUAUCGCCGUGGAUGAUGUAGGAGUCACAUUCCUGGAAUUCAUUUUCACAGGGUUUGCAAGGAUCACCUUUGGAGUGCAGAGCAAUCCGAAUAUUUGCAUCUAUAGUCCAUACACAUUUAGCCGGUAAAAUUCUAAAUCAGAUUGGCUUUUACUUCAUCGAAGAAUGUUGUAUCGGGUGUAUAUUGUAAAGUUGUUACAUUUUCCGAGCCCAUUCCUUCCUUUUCGUAGGUCGCGCCAUAUACACCCGACAUGUCAGGAAUGGUGUCGAACUUCCAGAGAUUAUCAGAGACGACAACUACGAUUUCAACUUUCAGAUGAGUUUCUAUUGAAUAAAGUAAGACAUCACUAUACCAAGCCCUAUCUAGAGAUGCCUCAACAGAUCAAAGGGUAACCGUGAGCGCCUUUCAACCUCUGUUGGAGUACUCAUUCCUUAAUCCCCCGACUUUUGGUGUUUUUAAACAGAUUUUCUUGGUUUGUUUUUAUGUUUUUAACUAUAGGAGGUUCAGGUUCCAAGACAGGAGGUGAUAGUUUUGCCGGUAAGAAAAGAAAAAAAGGAAAGGCUCGUGAUGAGAUGCAUGUCAAGUUAAUUGUCUUUUUGUAAAGAGUCGAAUGUGCACUUAGUACGUUCGACUGACAACAACUAUUUACUGGACUCCGUGAUGAUGACUUCUGCUCAUGUUGUUGAAAUGUGAGUCACCACUACCGACCACAGUCCUUCUCAGGACUACACUCUCACCCAGACGAUCGACCAUAUGAUUAAAUAUGUCAAGAGAUUGUAAUCUCUUAAAUAUAUAUAUAUAUAUUAGUAUUUGUUUUUCAGGGAGACUCGCUGAUAACAGUCUGCAAGUAUCAAACAGAAAAUAAACAAAAAUUGGUACGUUGAUAACUUGCAAUCAGUGCUUAUAAAUGUAUUUAUCUUUUUUGGUUACGUAGAACCUUUUUUAACUUGUUCAGGGUUGUAAAAGAGAAAGCAUUUUGUCAAAACUGAUCGGAUAAUUUAGUCAAAUCUGCAUGGCGAGCUUACUCGUUUGGUCUCGAGUUGAUCCUGUUGGAAUGUUUAUGGAAUCUACUGAUUAAAAUGGAUAUCUAUCUUUUUAUCUCCUGUUUUAGGGUGGUCUGGCUUCAGAUGAUGAAAUGUGCCUAUCGUUCCAUUAUUACUAG